UGCAUAAUCACAGUUUCCAUCUCACAUUGUUGAUAAUGGAGCCUCGCAAUGCUUCGCCGUUAUCACGAGUCUUUUUCUUCUUUGUUACUAUUUCCUUGUGUGGAGUGAGUGCAUUAAGUGAAGAUCAUCAUGUCAAGCUUCAGAAAGGAUCUGUGGUGGAAAAGGACCAGAGGAGGACAUUACUUGCCACUGAAUAUGGAGAGAUCACUGCCAUUGAUAUCAAGGAAGGACCAGAGAAACCACCCUACCAUCUUCAGUUCUUCACGUUGGAGCCAAACUCGCUAUUUCUUCCUGUGCUUCUCCAUGCAGACAUGGUCUUUUAUGUUCAUACAGGGAGUGGAAAGCUAACUAAAGCAAAUGAUGGUGGUACUAGCAGCAUCCCUUUACGGGAAGGAGAUCUCUGCAGUCUCAAUGAAGGAUCUGUUUUCUACAUACAGAGCAACUUAGAUGCUGAGAGAAGGAAACUUAGGAUUUAUGCAAUGUUUACCAAUACAGAAGACAAUACUUUCGAUCCAUCAAUCGGUGCUUACUCAAGGAUCAGUGAAAUGGUCAAGGGCUUUGAUAAGAAAAUCAUGCAAGCAGCUUUGAAGGUACCGGAUGAUGUGAUUGAAGAAAUCAUUAACAAGAGCAACACCCCAGCUAUAGUGCAUGCGGUUUCAGAGAAGAGGAAUGUUAUCCGGGAACUGGAGGUUUCGUUUCUUAAAAACUUUUUAGGCGUUGGGUCCAACUCCAAGAAACUAAAAACAUACAACAUCUUUAAAAAUAACCCUGACUUCAAAAGCCAUGAUGGAUGGAGCAUAGCAGUGACCAAAAAGCAACUAAAAUCAUUGAAGCGCACCAACAUUGGAUUUCUGAUGGUGCAUUUGAGCUUGGGAUCAAUAUUGGGGCCUCAUUGGAACCCAAAGGCAACAGAGUUGUCGGUGGUAUUGGAAGGGGAAGGCAUGGUCCGAGCAGUGUGUGGAAUCAGCAAUGAUGAGACAGAAUGCCAAAACAUGAGGUUUAAGGUUAAUGAAGGGGAUGCUUUUGUGGUGCCUAGGUUUCAUCCAAUGGCUCAGAUGUCAUUCAACGAUGGACCGUUUGUUUUUCUUGGCUUCAGCACUUCAGCAAAGAAAAACCGUCCUCAGUUUUUGGCGGGAAAGGGAUCAGUGCUUCAUGUUCUAGACAAACAGAUACUGGCUACCUCUUUUGGUGUGAGUAACAGAACUAUUGACCAGCUUUUAAGUUCUGACGAUGACUCCAUCGUUUUCGGGUGUAGUUCCUGCGCUGAGGAAGAGGAGAGGAUAAUGAAGGAGGAAGAGGUGAAGAAGGAGGAGGAAAGGAAGAGAAAAGAAGAGGAAGAGGAGAGAAAGAGGAAGAAGGAAGAGGAGGAGGAGAGGAAGAGAAAGGAAGAGGAAGAGGAGAGGAAGAGAAAAGAGGAAGAGAAGGAAGCAAGGGAAAAGGAGGAAAGGAGGAAGAGAAAAGAGGAAGAGAAGGAAGCAAGGGAAAAGGAGGAAAGGAGGAAGAGAGAGGAAGAGGAAGCUAAAAGACAACAAGAAGAGAGGGAGAGGAAGAGAGAGGAGGAGAGGGAGCAAGAAGAAGCUGGGAGAGAGAAGGAAAGGGCAAGAGAAGAAGAAGCUAAGAAGGAAGAAGAAGCAGCUAGCAAGGAACAAGAGAAGAGGGAGAGGGAAAGGGAAAGGGAGGAAGAAGCAGCUAAAAGAGAGCAAGAAAAGAGAGAAAAGAGGAGACAGGAGGAGAAGCAAGAAGAGGAGGAAGAAAAGGAACAAGAACAAGCUAAAAGAGAAGAAGAAGCUAGUAAGGAACAGGAGAAGAGGGAGAGGGAGAGGGAAAAGGAAGAAGAAGAAGCUAGUAAGGAACAGGAGAAGAGGGAGAGGGAGAGGGAAAGGGAGGAAGAAGCAGCUAAAAGAGAGCAAGAAAAGAGAGAAAAGAGGAGACAAGAGGAGAAAGCUAAAAGAGAGCAAGAAGAGGAGGAAGAAAAGGAACAAGAACAAGCUAAAAGAGAAGAAGAAGCUAGUAAGGAACAGGAGAAGAGGGAGAUGGAGAGGGAAAGGGAAAGGGAAGAAGAAGAAGCUAGUAAGGAACAGGAGAAGAGGGAGAGGGAAAGGGAAAGGGAGGAAGAAGCAGGUAAAAGAGAGCAAGAAAAGAGAGAAAAAAGGAGACAAGAGGAGAAAGCUAAAAGAGAGGAAAAAGAGGAGGAAGAAAAGGAACAAAAACAAGCUGAAAGAAAAGAAAAAGAAAAAGAAGAAGAAGAAGAAACAGCAGUAAGGGAACAAGAACAGAAACAAGCUAAAAGAGAACAACAAAAGAGAGAGAGUAAAAGAGAGCAUGAAAGGGAAAAAGAGAAGGAAAGAGAGGAAGAACAAAGAGGAGAGCAAGAAGAAACAGCAGGGAAGGAACAAGAACAAGAACAGGCUGGAAGAGAACAACAGAAGAGAGAGGAGGAGGAACAAGGGGAAAGAGGAGAAGAACCGAGGGAAAGUCGAGGUGUAGAGUGGGAGCAAGAAGAGGCCAGAAAACAGCAAGAAGAGAGGGAAAGAAGAAGAGAGCAAGAGGGUGAUAAAAAAGACCAAAGCCACAGAAUCAGCUUUGAAGGAAGGAGAGUUCUGAAAAUAAGGCAUGUUUGAUUCCAUCUUAGAAUUUAGACUUUCGGUUCUGAUGUGUGUAGUGCAAUAAGAGUUUUAGAUGCCUUUGUCACGUUUUGCACGUUUUGCAUGUGUUUGUGUUUUAUGCAUGGUACGAGGUUGAAGGCGAAUGUUUCACGUGACCUGUUGGUGAUAGUAUAAAUAAAUUUAGCUUCUCUACA